UGACGGAUCGUGUCAGUAUAGGCUGAUGCAUUUUCAUAUCCCCCUUAUUUAUUUUAUUUUAUUUUAUUUUUUUUAAUUAUGGAAAGCUUAAGUUUCCAUUUGGAGCACCGAUAACAUGUGAGCGGAGAGUUUUUGGAGACCAUAUAAGCAGGAGGAGGAAGAUGGGGAUUUUUUGUCUCCACACCUGUGCGGAGGUUACUCUAACACAGGAGAAGGCUGGAGACCUUUCUUAAAAAAAAAAAAAAAAAAAAAAAGUGAGUCUAUAUUUCUCUGCACAAGCAUGCAGAGCAACAGCAGCUCCCUCGGACCCCCCACCGGGCUGAGUGAGUGCGGGGGGCAGGAGGAGGAGAUAUCCGAGCUGGUCAGCCCGACAGGAGCAGGCUCCAACCUCCCGAUGUUUAACCUUUCACUCAACUGCUGGCUUCUCAUCCUCUCCAAGGAGUCCUCCCUGGAUCUGCAUGGAGACAGCGCCAACCUGCCAGUGCGAGUCGUCAUUGCUCUGGUCUACCUGGUGGUGUGCGUCCUGGGACUGGUGGGGAACCUCCUGGCGCUCUUCCUCCUACACUCCCGCCGCCGGGGCCACCACCACUCCGCCAUCGACUGCUUCGUGAUGAGCCUGACCAUCACAGACCUCCAGUUCGUCCUGACCUUGCCCUUCUGGGCCGUGGACACUGUGCUGGACUUCCGCUGGCCCUUCGGCCGCGUCAUGUGCAAGAUCGUGAGCUCGGUCACCACCAUGAACAUGUACGCCAGCGUUUUCUUCCUCACGGCGAUGAGCGUGACCCGGUACCACUCCCUGGUUACGUCCCUGAAGAUGAGCAGCCCCAGGAUCGCCACGGCCCGCGCCAAGUGGGUCAGUUCGGCCAUUUGGGUGGUCUCUCUGGUGGCCACGCUGCCCCACGCUUUCUACUCCACCACCGUUCAGGUGUCUGCAGAUGACGAGCUCUGCUUAGUUCGGUUUUCAGACUCUGACUCAGGUCACUGGGAUCCCCAGGUUUUGCUUGGGCUCUACCAAACACAGAAGGUCCUUCUAGGCUUUGUAGUUCCCCUGAUCAUCAUUUCCGUGUGCUACCUCCUCCUGCUGAGGUUCAUCCUGAGCCGGCGCAUCGUGGGCAGCUCGGUUGGCAACGGCAGCGGCACGGACAAGUCGGAGCACGAGAGAGGACGCCACCGCAAACGCUCCAAAGUUACUCGUUCCGUCACCAUCGUAGUCCUGUCCUUCUUCAUCUGCUGGCUGCCGAACCAGGCUCUCACCCUGUGGGGGGUGCUCAUCAAGUUCGACCUUGUGCCCUUCAGUAAGGCCUUCUACAACGCCCAGGCUUAUGCCUUUCCGCUGACUGUGUGUCUCGCCCAUGCCAACAGCUGUCUCAACCCAGUGCUCUACUGCCUGAUCCGAAAAGAGUACAGGGCCGGACUGAAGGAGCUCCUUCUGCGAGUUUCUCGUAACGCCCGGAACGUUCUUUCUCUGGCUCUGAGAGGAAGGAGAGUGGAGGAGGCACCUCCCAGCACGGUUGUGAUGCACAAAGACAUCAAUAUGUGAUUUAUUUUGUUGCUUAGACGAUUGGGAAAGCUGUGAUUACAUUAUUUUUGUUAUAAAGAGGAUAUCUGAACAACAAACUAAACCUAAUUUGUCAAUAAGCCCUAUUGACAUAGUGUAUUUUGUUAACUUUGGAGACAGCCAGGCUCUUUGUUUUCCCCAGCUUUCAUCUCAUCCUCCUCUGUUGGUGCUUGACAUUUCAAAUAGGUCUCAUAGCAGCUUGUGAAACAAUAACUGGUUUAAUAUUUAAGUUGGAUAACUCAAGCUAAAAGUAGGCUUAGCGAGAGGGAAACAAUCUGGUCUCAAUUACGAAAGAAAUGCCCAGCUAACGUAUUUAAAGCUAAUUGGCAUCACCAGCGGAAAUGUCAUUACCAAUCUUUUUCUUUUUGCAAGCCAGUGAUGACUGACAACAAGUUAUGCUUCCCUACAAACAUUAAAGCAGCAUGUUGCGGACAUACAAACUGAUAAAAAGCUUAAAUGGACAUCUAAAUAUUGCAUUUGUCACCACUAUUAACAGCUGACAAACAAAAAGACCUCAAAAAUUGGCCUAAAAUAAUAUAGGAUUUUGAUUUACUAUCAGGGACAGAAUUGAACAAAGAUCUAUGGGCUACAUGGUAGACCUUAUAGUUUUAUGAUUGCAGUAUAAUAAUGGCCACUAGGGAUGUCCUGAUCAGGAUUUCAUUUAUCCCUUGUACUGAUUCAGGUAACGAAUAUGUGCCAAGACAGAGCUUCAGUCAGAUACGUCAUUAAAGUCAUUUAAAUGAUUAAAAGAGUUAUUAGCUUUAAAGCAGAGUGCGUGAACGAAAGACAACAUUUCAUCAGCACAUAUAAGGUCUGAAAAAGCACAGUGUGUUCAUUCACAUUGCAUGUGCUGCAGUAUCUUUCUUCCUGAAAGCCACAGAUAUUUUUUUUACCAACUAGGGUUUCUGGUGGAUAGCGACAACAGAAAGCUAGCGACCAGCUAGGUUAGCUAAUGAUCUGAUAUUGCAGUAGGUCCCUUUCUUCACUUAAUCACACCUCUCAAUUAAUAUUUUACUGAAAUAUUAGGCUAACACUAACAUGUUUACUCCCUAUCUUGACAUGACUUGUAGACAAUUUAGGUAGAGACUUGAGUGUUGUUCCAGUUACACCUGUGACUAGCCUGUGUUAUAUUUUAAACACCAUUAUAAAUGGAAAAUACAUUUUGACUUUCAAGGAAAACCAGUGUUUGUUAUGUCAACAGAAUCUACUGUACAGCCUGUAAUAUAUUUUUGUGGAUCAUUCACACAAAACAACUUAAUCACAGAAAUGCAGGCUGAUCUCGGGGCUGCCACAUGGUAGAUCAAGCACAAAAUUGCCAUAUUUUUCUGGAAUACAAUUUAGCUAUAAAACUGAAUAAAGUGACAGAUAAAGCUUUAUCUCUGCUGUUGAUUUACAGUAAGAACAAAAGAUGAAAUGAUCAAACGCACAGUUUUCCGUUUUAAAGAAAACCAAAUCCGGUGAUUUAGAAACCACCUGCUUUGAAGCGACGUUUGAUCAGUGUUUACUGAUCCAGAUUUAUAUAGUGUGAGUAUCACACUAUAUGAAUAAAUUGUUUCACAAAAUGUCAUGAGACUUGACUUUGUCAGCACACAGAAAUGUCCCUGUUAUUAUAACAAUAUUAAUCCUAUACGCCCAACAGAGCCACAUUUUUUGGCGCAUUGUAGCUCAUAGUGUUGCUUAUUUCUCCCCACAGUUAUGUGAUGAAAUCUGAGCUGCUCCUUGUUGGAUUUAAUGUUCUUCUUUGUAAAGAAAAAAAAAAGUAAAGAAACAAAAACAGAUCUGCUAAAAAAAAACCAUCAGGAUAAUGAUAUGAUACCCUCUCUCUCCAACAGUUUUGCUUGAAGUCACAUGGACAGAAAACCACCUUUUCUGGUGUUUUCUUUUCUAGCUGUUAUUAUUUUGACUAAAUUCACAUCCAUUUCACCCCUUUAGAACAGUCGUGAAAUAGUUGAAUUUCAGUGACCCACUCCGCCACUCCCUUGUGCAGUGAAACAACAACUCCUGGUCGGCUGCCAAUCUGUGUUUCACACUGCCGUUCAUAACUGUCGUUGUCGUCGGCUCUGUUGUAUCGAUGUGAAUAGUUUGGUGAAUUUACGUAUGUCCUGUGGCAUUAAAUAAAGCGAACGGACAAAAGAGUUAA